AUGGAUGGAGGGCAACGACCCAACUUGGGAGCCCAAUACGAGCCACCCAAAGUGCGGCAGGGGCCGGUGCCAACGGACCGCGCCUCCGCCGCGGCGGUCGGGGGCCCCUGGGAUCUCCGGGGACACCCCAGGGGCCCCUUGGGGCCCCUUAGGGCCACUUCCUCCACGUUUUCUAGGUGCCUUGUGCAAGUUAAUGCACAGCCGGGACUGGAUAUGCCUAGGCGAUCGGCCUCCGUCAAUGGAAUUCAUCAGAUAGUGCCUGCUCCUUACAGUGGACUUCGCGUCGGAGGCCCCACAGCGCAAACCGCGUCAGCGCCAACACAGGCGUCGAUGGCAGAUUCGAAGCUCGAAAGUCCAAGGGACGGCAUUCCUGAGAGUUCUUGGUGGGGCACGGGCCCCCGGUUCUGUCCGCCUUGCCACCCGAACCUGUCCGAGGAAAAGACGAUCCCAGGAAGCCUCUCAGUGAAACCAUGUCAUCCAUUUGAGAUCCCCUCUAUAGGGUUUGAAAGACUUCUUCCUGGCACUGGCUCUAGAGCCGAGGCCCAGCCCACAGUAGCCACAGCAACUCCUGCAGCGGCAGCUGCUGCAUCCCCGUGCGCUUCCACCACAUCAGAUUCGGAAGGAUGCCUCGUAACUCUUGUAAGCCCAACGUUGCCGUCGCAUUGGGGGAUCUCGAGUGCACCUGGGGCCCCUGCGACCACUGAGGCUCCCCAAAAGCUCCAUAGCGGCAACAUCGUGUGCUUGCAUUGUGGGAACCCUCAAGAGGGGAGGAGCGUAUGCGUGUCUUACCAAGCGUGGUGGCUCGAGCUUCCCACGCCGGACGAAGGUCAGGAGCCAAAGGACGCGUGGCAGCCUCUGUGCGAGGGGAAAUGCCUUCCCCGUGAAGGGCUUUGGAGCAAACGUACAUUGCCCCUCGCGCUUUGUCUUGCUGUUGAUGCUGCAGCAUCAGCUGCUGCCUACCUUGUUGUCGCCUCGGUUGGCACCGCUCUCUUCGGCCCUGGACUCAAUGCAGCGCUGCAACGCAUGCUGCCAGGUGAAGAGGCCUUGUUGGGCGAGCAGCCAUGCUGUCUGCUGAUGCGGAUACGCCUCCACUACCAAACCACCAUGUUGCCCCUUUCCCCACCGCUGCCGCUUUUUAGGUCUCUUUACCGCCGGCUGCUGCAUUCGCCAGCACCAAAGAGGCCAAAGCAAGGCGCCUCAGAAGCUGCUGCUGCCUUUUCUGAAGAGGAAAAGCCUCAACGCUGCUGCUGCUGCAGCAGCGAAGAGGCUUACAGCGGGGCAGACGACCCGGACACAGACUCGGACGCAUGCAGCUGCAGCGCCACCAGCUACAGCGGCAGCAAUAACCACAGCGAUCACGUUUGUGCCGUCUGCAAAAGCAGACAGCAGACGAGGGCAUCACGGAGCUCCCGUGUCGUCCUCCAGCAACCCUGUGGCUUCUAUUGCAGAAAUUCGACUGGCAGCACAGCAGGCCCUUCAGGGGAGCCGCCGUUGGACUUCUGCUUGCGCCAUCUCUGCCGCCCUUCCUCCUCGCAGUCUCCCCUUCAGUCUCAGGGGCCUCUUCCUCCUCUUGGUGCGCCUCAGGAUGGCUCAGCUGUCACUUCGUCCCAGUUCGAGGAUCUCCGCAACACGCGUUUGAGGCUCGCUCCCCCACAGGGCACCGUCCAUGAUGCCCAGAAGGCGCCUGUCUGCACCUACAGCUACACCUUAGGAGAGGGACCCCCCCUCUGCCCCGCAGUCGAUGUAUGGAUUCGCGGCCCCUUUUAUGCAGAUUCUUCUGUGGACAUGUGGGUGGAGCCACUGUGGGGUUCAGGCUGCCUGGACGAAGGCUCCACAUCGAAAGUUUCCUGUGGAUGCGGCCCUCAAGCAAGGAACGCCCUACCGGGAGUUGCUUGCCCAGCGCUACUGGGCAAGCCCCUCUACUUUAAGGACCUUAAAAUUGUGUCCCUGUCCCCCCCUCGCAGCGCCAGCAGCAGCAGUCUGCUUUCAGCGCACGUGCUGAGAAAAGAGGCGAACACCAAGUUUGUUAAGGGCCACAUCCACGCUGCCCUCAGGCUAUAUCGGCGAGCCGAAGCAGUACUUGAGGCGGCCCCUAGGGAAGGCCCCACUUCUCAGUGGGCCCUCAGUACCCUUCAGCUGAACGAGGCACUUGCGCUGCUCAGGCUGCGGCGUUUCGAGGAAGCCCUUGACUGCGCCGACAAGGUGCUUUCCGUAUCCCCCCACAACAGUAAAGCCAUCUACAGAAAGGCAGUGGCUUUAGGGGGCCUUCGGAGACUUAAGGAGGCCCAACAUCUGUGUUCUGCGGCAGAGGAUCGCCUUCGAAGAGACGACCCUCAAGAAGCUGCAGAAGCUGCAGCCUUCAGGAAGGCGGUCCCAGCAAUCUUCCAGAGUCCUUUUCAAAACGGGAGUUCACCAUGGCCCCCUGUAGGAGAGGUAGCCCAGCCCGUAAGAAGCGGCCAAGACACAGCCCUAAUAGCCUUAUAUUAA